CCAAAAACAUCAACAACUAAUAUAGCUGCACAUUUAUGUACCGAGCAUCAAAUUUUUAAAACCCAAAAAUGGGAUGCAUCCCCUACAACAACUGUAAAUCCCACAUCAGUAACUCUACUAACAUUCGAAACAAUCAUACAAAAACAGAUAGAAAACACUUUGCCCCUUUCUGAAAAACAACAAAAUCGUAUUGCUUAUCGGCUUGUUGCUUGGAUUGUCAAAGAAAUGAUGCCAUUAAAUUUUCUCGUAGAAUGGGAUAUGUUCGAUAAAAUUAGUGUUGUAAUAACUGACAAUACGUCAUCUAUGAACAAAGUGAUUAGACAACUAGGCACUCCUCACCUUGGUUGUACAGCACAUAUUAUUUAUCUUGUGAUUAUGGAUGGGUUAAAACAAUGUGAAACUUUAAUUGGGCAUGCAAAAUCAUUAAAUAACUUUUUGGUUAAUCGUGACAAAUAUAGAUCGUUAUUUCGAAAAAUUCAGCAUGAAAUGAUUGAAAAAAAAAAUAAUGAUAAUGCAACUAAACUAACCACUAAUAUGUCUGUCCUAGAUCCUAUCUCAAAAUUGGCAACAAAUCUAACAAAUAAUCCUGACUGUACUAUUCGUGCUGAUAGUAAUAACCUUAAUAAAAAAAUACUUACUGAUGAAGAAUGGACAGGUCUUGAAGAAAUAUGCCAAAUUUUACAUCUAUUCGCACAAGCUUUAACAUUCAUAGGUGGUGACCACUAUCCAACACUGAGUAUGAUGUACCCUGCCGUACGACAUCUUUUUAAAGUCUUGGAUCAAAUAGAAUAUAUGCUUACAAACCUAGAAGCUAUUGAAAUGCACCAAAGUCUUCGCACGUCAAUGUUUGCUACAUUUCUUGAUCCUUGUUUCAAAACCUUAUCAACCACCUCAUUCACAAUACAAAAAGAAGUGAUCAAGGAAUUAUGUAAAAAAAUUGAACUCUCCAACCAAAAAAAUACCUUACCAACUACCAAUCAAGCCCUAAAUACAGAAAUGUCUUCUUUUUUUGAUGAUGAAAUCGAACCUUCGUCCCUUUCUCGAAUUGAUACGGAAUUUCAAGUGUAUUUCUCAAUUCCACCAAUCCCUAAGUAUGAUCUAAAGAACCCGCAUUAUGAAGAGUAUAAUCUUUUAAGUUGGUGGAAAGAACAUAAAUGUGCCUUACCUCUUCUUGCCGAAUAG